GAGACAAAAGUUGUAACGCAAAGCGUCAGCGAGUUUCAGUGAGCUGGUGCCGUGAGUGACCUUGAUCCACUCGCUAGUUUCGUGACAGUACCGUUCGCAGAGGCCGAACCCGCCAGUAUUAAUCGAGUUAUCGUCGCAGACACUUACCCGAGGAGCUUUCAGACACCGCGAGCAUCAGGAAGAGAGGAAGAAUGAAGACCUUCGGUGGCGUUUUACUCGUUGCGGCGUGUCUCGUCGCGAGCACGCAUUGCUUCCCCAGAACGCGCGAACCGGACAGCGACGAGCAGACGAACUUUGAAGUCGCUCAACCGUCCGACACGAGAAAUCGCUUAAUCAGACCGAUGACUUUUGAUUUCCCCGAUAUGAGCUUCGACGACAGCGAUGAGAUACCGGUAAAGACCUGGCCAAGCAUUUUCAGAUUGAAUCCCUUUGAUGGAUGGUACGAACGCACGCAAGACGCUAUGAACAGGCUGAAGGAGCAGAUGAUGAACAUCCUGUCAGGCAUUGUCGAUAAAGACGCGUCUUCGGACGCGAUUCCCGGAGUAGCAAACAGCACCUCCGUCACCAAGGUCAUCAAUGGCCACGUGGUGACCAUAAACGAGACGGUCUACGCGGACAAGGAGGACGAGUAUGGAACGUGGAUCCGUGUCCGCGUAAUCUCCGUGGAUCCCCAAAACGAGACGGUUUCGACGACCGAAAGGCGAGUCGAGAGCGAGGGUGACCACACGCCAAGAAGCGUCGAGACUGUCGAGGACUUCGAGAACAAUAUCCCAAAGAACGAGGUGGACACCUUAACUGCUUGAAGGCAGUCGAAUUAUUCGAUCGAUCAUCCUCGGGAUUGAAUCCAAAGGAGCACACGCGUCCCGGUUCCUCGAAAAUCUUCCAAGAAAAUAUGAAAAUCGGCGUCCAAAAUUGCACCGUACGCGCGUCACCAGAAUUAAUACUGUCAAUUGUUAUAUGUAUUAUAUAUAUUGUUAGAACAACGUAAAAUAUUUUUCAUCCGCAAACCACCAUAAUGGAUUCAGUACCGAAGACUCGGGGUAAUGGAAAACUGUGUAAACUAUCGCGUGUUAACAGAGCGUCUACUAUCGUAGCGAUAUAGGAAUAGUAUUACAUAUUACAUAUAAUAUACGUUCUUCAAUAAUGAUUAUACAUGGUAUAGUUGAGAUCGCCUGUAACGGAACGACCCGUAACGUUUUAAAAAAAACUAACUGUACAUCUUUGCCGCGGUCUGGUUGGAAAUGUGAUCUAGCUUCGUUAUAUAUUUUAUGUAAGAUCUACCCAACAGUAGUGAGACUAUAUUUGCAGGUUGUAACUAUCUAUAAUAUUCGACAGUGAUAAGUGUUUGGAGGUGAACGAGAACUGUUAUUAUUUUUUAAACAAACAGUAAAAACUACUAUCAAAUAUAAGAUUCCUCUAGUUUGUCUCGAUGUUCCUUCAUGCAUUCCUGAAAGAUCCCCAAAGCAAGAAUAUGCAGCUGGUCGAUUUUUUAUAUUCACAGGAUAAGUUUCUAUGGGUUUUAAGGAGCCGAAGUGCGCCAUUUUUUAUCCAAGAGCUGAUGGGGGAACUUAUAAAAAAUAAAUGUAAACUUUCGAGUGUCGCCAUCUGCGAAACUCAACUAAUUAGUGUACUUCAAGCAGCAAAACAAUCGUUUAGGAAAUUAACAGGUGCAUUGGCGAUGGUAUUUAAGUAGAUGUUUGUAUGUGUAACAAUUUAUUGAAAUAAAUUCAUAAUGAAAGUAAA